AUGAAAAGAAAUCAGUUGAUCAGCCUCGCGCUUCUUGCGCCGAGCUGUCAAGCAUACGUCUGGCCCAGCCAGUACGACCAGUUUGAAGACCUCUUGUUUUUGCAAUCUGGGUACAUCAAAGAUGGAACACUAUCGGAUCAAGUCAUGACCUGCGAUUUUGGCGCUGGCCAGCCCGGUAUUCAGAAAGCCGCAGAAUGGGUACGAACUGCCUUCCACGACUCCGUUACACAUGACGCCAAAACCAAGAUUGGCGGUUUGGACGCCUCGAUACAAUACGAGCUUGACCGACCAGAGAACUUGGGUGCUGCACUCAAUAACACCUUGGCCGACAUAUCUAGUUCAGUCGACAUCAGGAGCUCCGCAGCCGACGUUUUGGCCUUGUCAUUAGUCAUGUCCGUGGCUCGUUGCGCCAAUAUGCGCGUUCCUUUGAGACUAGGCCGCAAGGAUGCGACGGAAGCUGGUAUCAAAGGCGUACCGGAAGCCCACACGGAUCUCGACACCACCAGGAAGAGGUUUGAGACUGCCAGCCUAAGCGAAACCGACAUGAUCACUUUGAUUGCUUGUGGUCACAGCAUUGGUGGUGUUCACUCUGUUGAUCACCCCGAGAUUGUUUCUGGUCCAGUCAGCGCAGAAAACAAGGCGAGUUUCGAUACCACCCUGGGCGUAUUGGACAACAACGUGGUAUUGGAAUACCUUGACAACUCGACAGCCAACCCAUUGGUUGUCAACCCCAACAACACGUUGAACUCCGACAAGCGAAUCUUUGCUGCUGACGACAACAAAACCAUGCGUAAGCUUGCCGAUAAGGCUUACUUCAAGUCCCAGUGUGAGGCUGCAUUCGAGAAAAUGCUUAGUCUUGUACCAGGCGAUGUCACACUGACGGAGCCCUUGGAGCCAGCCGACAUCCGUCCUUACAUCUCAUCCUACUCACUCAAGGAUGGCUCAAUCGAGUUCUCUGGACGCAUCCGUGUUCGCAUUACACCAGUAACUGGUCGUGACGCAGACAGCCUUACCGCUUCUAUCAUUCCGAAAUCGCGUGGCAAUACCACAGUCGCUGAGAUCGCUGCUCGCCGUGCCACUUUCCAAGGAGGAACCUCUUUUGGAUACCUAGACGAGAACUUCCAAUGGUUCGAAUUCGACCAGACGCUCAAUGCUAGCGAGGCAUUCGACUCGUUCACCAUUCGCGUCAAUGAUGACACCUACGACAAUGGCGGCACAGGCGGAUACCCUGUGAAUGCCGAUAUUCUAUACCAAGAUGCGCAGUCCUGUGUCGCCUGGGACGCAGCUAAGCAGGAAGGCACUUUGACCAUCACUGCUGCUGUAUCCAAGGCACUUCUCAGGGGUGGCGCCACUCCACAGAUCAAUGUUGUGAAGAAGAACAAGAUUCAGGGCAACUUCAUUCCUCGCUUGCGACCAGAGACCAUCCCUAUGACUCGUGCAAGCAAAGAGACUGCAGAGUACGUCUACUUUACUGCCUCAACAAUCUUGUCCGCUGAUGGACUCGCCCCUACGGUUGACAUUGAAGUUGGUGACUCCAAGGUGGAGUACAUCACGACAACUGGUCUUACUCAGCAAGAGUGCGCUUCGUUAUAG